UGAAGAUUGAUUCCACACUUGCCUUGGCCUAAGAAGUAAGAAGCAUCUCUUCCUUUCUUUCUCACUUCUCACUUCUUCACUCUCCUCUCUCUCUCUCUCUCUAAGCCACCAUCCAAAAUGGCGGACAGAGUCCACCCAUCGGCCAAACCCGCCGCCGCCGCCACCACCAACGGCGCCACCGCCGCCGCCACCACCACCGCCACCGCCAACGGGGCUCCCACAACCGCGUUCCCCGCCGCCAACGGUACUCCCACCAAGCCCCAGCUCUACCGCCCGUACCGCCCGCAACCCCCCAAACGCCGCCGCCGCCGCCCCCGCUGCAGCCUCUGUUGCUGCUGCUUCUGGACGAUCCUGCUCCUCCUCUUCGUCGCCCUCCUCGCCGCCAUAGCCGGCGCCGCCCUCUACGUCCUCUACCACCCCCACCGCCCCGCCUUCUCCCUCUCCUCCCUCCGCACCAACGCCCUCAACCUCACCACCGCCUCCGACGGCUCCGCCUCCCGCCUCACCACCCUCUUCAACCUCACCCUCAUCUCCAAGAACCCCAACUCCCACACCUUCACCUUCUUCUACGACCCAUUCCUCGUCUCCCUCUCCUCGGCAUCGGGCUCCGUCUUCCUGGGCAACGGCUCGAUCCCGGCGUUCGCGAGCUACCCCAAGAACCAGACGACCCUGAGGGCGGUCGCGUCGGGGAGCACGGAGGACGUCGACGCCGAAUCGGUCGCUGCUCUGAGGUCGGAUCUGAAGAGGAAGAACGGGCUGGCGCUGGAAAUUCGGAUGGACACGAAGGUGAGGGUGAAGGCGGGCGGCCGGAAAAGCAAGAAGGUCGGGAUCAGAGUGGUCUGCAGCGGGAUCAAGGGAGUGUCGGCCCCGAAGGACAAGAACGCGACCGUCGUCGCCGACGUCGCCGACUCCAGGUGCAAGGUCGAUCUCCUGAUCAAGAUCUGGAGGUUCACUUUCUGAUCUCGAGAAUCGAAAUAUUUUUUUCUCCUCUUUUGUCCCCUUCUUUUUCUUUUGUUUUUUCUAGCAAAUUCCUUUUUUUUUAGAAUUUUCUGAGGAUUACUAACGGAUCAAUCAUGGUGUUCAAGGAGGAGAAAAAAAAAAGAAAAGAAAAAGAUUAGUGCAUCAAGAAAAGAAAGGGUAGAUUAUCUUCUUUGCUUUUCCGAAUUUUAUUUAAUUAUGUCGGUGUGAUAGGGUAUAGUUUUCGGCACUUCUUUCCUUUAUGGAAAUUGGAAAUUGCUUUAGGAGCCGUUGUUUUAACCCCCUGACCCACAAAGGAAGGGGCCAAAAAAUAGAACGUGUGUUUGCUAACCCUAUAGUCGGGUGUUAGGGUCGUGAAGUAUUUUCCUAUCAAUUCUCCGAGGAUUGUAAUUGUUAUUUGUUAUUAUCAAUAAUAUCAUGUUUCAAGAA